AUGGCCUGCAGCCUGAAAGACGAGCUGCUCUGCUCCAUCUGCCUGAGCAUCUACCAGGACCCGGUGAGCCUGGGCUGCGAGCACUACUUCUGCCGGAAAUGCAUCACCGAGCACUGGGUCCGGCAGGAGCAGCAGGGCGCCCGCGACUGCCCCGAGUGCCGCCGCACCUUCGCCGAGCCCACGCUGGCGCCGAGCCUCAAGCUCGCCAACAUCGUGGAGCGCUACGCGGCCUUCCCGCUGGACGCCAUCCUGAGCGCGCGGCGCAGCUCCGCGCCCUGCAAGGACCACGAGAAGGUGAAGCUCUUCUGCCUGACGGACCGCGCCGUGGUCUGCUUCUUCUGCGACGAGCCCGCCGUGCACGAGCAGCACCAGGUCACCAACGUGGACGACGCCUUCGAGGAGCUGCAGAGAGAACUGAAGGAGCAGCUCCAGGCGCUGCAGGACAGCGAGCGCGGCCAUGCUGAGGCCCUGCACCUGCUCAGACGCCAGCUAGCCGAGACCAAGUCCUCUGCUAAGAGCCUGCGGGCCACCAUCGGGGAGGCCUUUGAGCGGCUGCACCGGCUCCUGCGUGAGCGCCAGAAGACCAUGCUGGAGGAGCUGGAGGCUGACACCGCCAGGACUCUGACUGACAUCGAGCAGAAGAUCCAGCGCUACAGCCAGCAGCUGCGCAAAGUGCAGGAGGGCAGCCAGAUCCUGCAGGAGCGGCUGGCUGAGGUGGACAGGCACGCCUUCCUGGCAGGCAUCGCCUCGCUCUCGGAGAGGCUCAAGGGAAAGAUCCAUGAAACGAACCUCACCUAUGAAGACUUUCCUACCUCCAAAUACAUGGGUCCCCUGCAGUACACGAUCUGGAAAUCGCUCUUCCAGGACAUCCAUCCGGUGCCAGCAGCCCUCACGCUGGACCCUGUCACAGCUCACCAGCGCCUCAUCCUCUCGGAUGACUGCACCAUCGUGGCUUAUGGCAACUUACACCCACAGCCGCUGCAGGAUUCACCCAAGCGCUUUGACGUGGAGGUGUCGGUGCUGGGGUCAGAGGCCUUCGGCAGUGGUGUGCACUACUGGGAGGUCAUCGUCUCGGAGAAGACUCAGUGGAUGAUCGGGCUGGCGCAUGAGGCUGUCACCCGCAAGGGGAGCAUUCAGAUCCAGCCCAGCCGCGGCUUUUACUGCAUCGUCAUGCAUGAUGGCAACCAGUACAGCGCCUGCACCGAGCCCUGGACCCGGCUCAACGUUAAGAGCAAGCUGGAGAAAGUAGGUGUCUUCUUGGACUAUGACAAAGGGCUCCUGAUCUUCUACAACGCUGAUGACAUGUCGUGGUUGUACACCUUCCGGGAGAAGUUCCCCGGCAAGCUCUGCUCGUACUUUAGCCCUGGCCAGAGCCAUGCCAAUGAGAACGUGCAGCCACUCCGCAUAAACACCGUCCGGAUCUAGGAGGGAGCAGGGAAGGGAGCCUGAAGCCGUACAACCUCCUCCUGGCGCAGGCUAGUCAAGAGUCCCUGCUGAGACAGUUCCCACCUACCCCUUCCUG